AUGGAGAUAACGGCCACUCCGGCCCGCAUUACGUUAGGCAUCACAACAAUGUUAACGUUUGUUACGGUAGCCAAAGAGGCCCGAGAAAGACUGCCCAACAUCUCGUAUGUUAACGCACUGGACAUCUGGUUUGUCGUUUGUACCGGUUUUAUAUUUUUAUCAUUGAUUGAGUUCUCUGUCGUUACGUAUAUAUCGAGAGCCGAGAAAAGAAAAAUCAAGGAAAUUAAGACAAUGCGAAGGACUCUAAGUCAAAGUCAACUGUCGUUAGUGUCGGGCGACUCGCAGCUCACGAUCCAAGCAAACGAUAUCAAAAAUAGGCAAAACAUCUCAAGAUUUUCAUUUGAAGGCAUUGAACUAAAAGUGCCUCAGUCUCCACGACUGAAUAGCGGUUUAACACUAACCGUACCGUCCAGUCCAGUAACAAAGCGAAAUUACUUGACAAUAACCCCACCGGAAACGCCCGAAACACCCAAUUUUGACCGCCAGACCCCCUCUACCCCGUCGUACGACCCCUUAAAGCGAACACCCGUUGAGAUCGCGGAGUCAAUCGACAGGAAGUGUCGGAUUGUAUUCCCGAUUAUGUUUGUAGUUUUUAAUCUCGUUUAUUGGACAACAAUACUUCUCAGUUAG